CCAAGUUUCUCCGGAGAAAAGGAAACAGCGGACAUCUGAAGUCUUUUGAGAUUCAGCUGCUUUUCUUUCCACACGUCCGGAGACAUUAGCGAGCUUUAGCGAGCUUUAGAGAGCUGUCACCGAGACUUAGAAGGAAGGGUUUUGGCUCCUGCAGCCUUUUCCCCUGCAGGGCUGAGCUCUUUGGCUGGCUCUCCACUUCCUUAGCAGAGAGGCUGCUGGCAGGGGCCACAUCUGAGCAGGUCAUGAAGCCUCAAGAGGCCGAGCUCGUCUCUGAAAUCUCAAAGCUGCAAUGCAUGGUGUCGGAGCUGAAGACGGGCUUCACCAGCGCUCUGCUGGAGCUCAAUCAGAUCCAGCAUGGAGACACGUACCUGAGGGAGGAGCUGGAGGAGAACCGGAGGGGCUGCCAGAAGAAAGCUCUCCGUCUGGAGGCGCUGGUCGAGUCUCUGAGGGAAGAACUCGGAGGGAUCCGCUGUCAGAUCCUCCAGCUGCACAGCAACCGACUGAGACCUCCGCAGGAUGGGAAGAGCUCCAGACACAGAGAGAGCAGCAGCGAUGCAGAGGAAGCGACCGGCGACAGGAGGCCGGAGUGCGAGUGUCCGCCGGCCGGAGCGUCCCGAGGGAAGCUGCUGCUCCUCUGCUUCCUGCAGGGCCUCAAGGCCGGAACCAGCGACGGCACCGAUGCUCGACAUCAGGUGGCGAUGCAGCUGCUGCACUCUGAGUGGGAGUACGUGUCGGCCUUAAACCAGCUGUGUGAUAAAUACAGGACGCCACCAGCUCACCAGAUGACCGUGGAGCCGUAUCAGACUUCUGUGAAGUUUGUGGAGCAGCUGCUGCAGCGGCAUCUGCUCUUCAGGAACAGCCUUCAGGAGCGGCUGACCGCUGAGCAAUGGAAGUCUCUGGUGGGCGACGUCGUGGUGCAGCUGACCGGACACAACGAUACGGCCUUUUCAGACAUGUACCUCGGAUACACCGCCACCCUGGCGUCGUUCCUCUCGCGGGAGUUCGACGGACUGAAUCGUUCUGAGAAGAUGCAGAACAUGCAGAGCGUCCAGACGGAGAGAGAGGAAGUUAAACUGCUCUACCUGCUGCUGACACCCGUCUCUCGUAUCCACGGAUACCUGAACCACAUACAGAACCUGCUGCAGUGGACGGGCACGGAGCAUCCGGACCGCAGCCUCCUGCUGGGAAGCGAGCGAGUGCUGAGCAGUGUUUUGACCCGUUGUCAUGUGAUCCUGGAGGAAGAUGUCCGGUGGGAGGAAGGAGGAGGAGGACAGAGCAGCUGCACCGACGCAGUGGCUGGUGGAUCCUCUGCAAAGUGCUGCACCAGGAGCCAACAGGCCGACGCGGCAGCUCAGAGAGACGACCAGCAGCCCGUCAGUAAUGGAGUGGACGGAUGUCACUCCAUGCGUCUGGAGUGCUGGUCCUGCAGCCCGGUGAGGAGGAGGAAGGAGGUCUGUGGGAGAGACCGGACCCUCCAGAACCAGCCGGCCCGUGGACACGCCUGCUGCUCCAUCCUCAGCCCUGACGCCGCAGCGUGGGGGGAGCACAGCGACUCGGGCCAGGGCUCCAACAGCCAGCUCACCGGGAAAGGCACCGACGGGCCGGAGGCCCCUCGCGGGCGCCACGGCCUCGAGGACUGCGAGACGGACCAGGACGACACGUCGGCCUUCGACUACUCCUCCGUCACCUCGGGCAGCCCCGACGCCACGUUGCGCAGGGAGACCACGGAGGAGGAGGAAGAGGAGGAGGACAGCCAGGUGCCGGUGCUGUUGAAGCCCUCGUACAGCCAGCAGCAGCAGCCGCCGCAGCCCCGGGAGAGGACCGUGUGUCUGAGGUGGCAGAUCCCCAGGAUGACCCCUCACCCUCCUCUGAGACGCGCCGCGGGGCUGCGUGCGGCGGACGGGCCGAGUCACGUCGGCUCCUACGGGAAAAGGCUGGUGACCGUGAGGAAGGGGUCCCCUCCUCUUCAUCCAAAGAGUGCCUUCAGGCCCAUCGUGGAUGAUCCAUCCAAACAGCAAGUGGAUGCAGCUCCGGAGAAAGACAACAGACAAGUCUUCCUACAGAGACAAAGCUUUCUGAAAUUCAACCCGAGCAGAGAAACCCUGAGACCGGGCCCGGCUCAGCAGAGAGGCCCCCAUGCAGCUGGAGGACUGUGGGAGGAGAGUGAGGACAGCGAGGGCCCCUGCAGCACCGUUUGACCCCCAGCAGAGACCAGAGGCCCCGCAAUAAACAAAAGGAAACUGUCGGUUACAAACGGGAGCUCAAUUUGAGAUUUCUUUGAUGGAGGCGGUUCCCCAAAUGGUCACCACGGCAACGUAACUGCAUGGACUGUUGGGAAUACGGAGAUCAAAGAGCAACAUUCAUCUGAGGAAAAUGAGAAUUACACUUUUUACACAAUGGUUAGACUGAGAAAAUUUAAUGUAAUA